UUUGAGCAUGAUUAAAAGUAAAAUAUCUGAAAGAUAUAAAAAUAUCUCCUAGGGUGAUGGGAACCUGCUAAAGUUUCUCCAUCUCUUCCAUUGAAAUGUAACCCUUAUCCAAAAAACACGUGUAAGUAUCGUGCUCUUACCAAGUAUUCUAUAAAUUGGAGCCCACACUCUACCUGUGAAUCACCCAACACCGUAUCUCACUAACCCAACAUUGUCAAGAUGCAGGCAGCUUUGAGCAUUGCACCUCCUGUUCUUCCUCUAAAACCCUCCAAGAACUUCUCUCAGGUGACCCUUUCUCCUCCAAAGUUGGGUGCUUCAUCUGUUGCUCCCCGUGGCUCUGCAGUCAAAGCAGCUGCUACUGUGGCUUAUGACACUGACGCAUCCACCACCGUUGAUUACAGCUCUGUGAUCUCUGUGUUUCCAGCGGAAGCAUGUGAAACCAUCGGCGGAGAUGCCUGCUUGGCAGACAUAUUUCCUGAAGUAACGCUUGAAAGCGAUGCCAGAAAUGAAGCAGCUAGAAUUCCUUCAGAGCCUUUUGAAAGAGAGUAUCUGGAGUACAAUGAAGCAAAGACGGUUUUCUGCGCAGAGGCUUGCGAUGAUCUUGGGGGAGAGUUCUGUGAAAGUGCAUAUCAGAGGGGAGUCUAUUAGAAGAGAGACAAGUCCAGAAAUACUAUGAUCUUAUCAAACUUUUCUUUUUUGUUGAAAGUAUAUACUUGCUGCUAUUGCUUGGCAGUGUAAUUUAAUAUCAUCAUUUACCUAAUGAUAAUGUAUAUAUUUAACUUUGGGAUUA